AUGGAAAACCACACUGGUUUAGAGGACCUGCCUCCAAAACCACCUAAUAUUAACUCAUUCCAAGCUAAUCAAUCUUUUACCUUCAAGGACAAACUAUUAUUCAAUGACAGUGAGAGAAACCUCUCUAUAUCCCAACCCCCUUCAUAUUUAUUACCUAUGGCCGUUGACACAAUCGAGGAAGAAGGGAAAAAGGUUCCUAAAGGCCAAGAGGAUGAAUACAUGGUUCCAAUAACUCGAGAAGACAAACAGCGCAUUUAUUAUCCAUGGAGAUUCUCAGUGAUAAUUAAACUACAAGGAAAAAAAGUUCUUCACCAAAUACUCAAACGAAAACUGGCAGAUCUUUGGAAGCCAAAGGAGACCUUUCCUCUUAUUGAUCUUGGUGAAGACUACUUCACAGUUAAAUUUAAUAAAGAAGAAAAUAUGGUCAAUGCACUACAAAAUGGCCCAUGGUUCAUCUUUGGUCAUUUUCUAUCGGUACAACGUUGGGAGCCAAACUUCGUGCCUUCAAAAGCCAAACAAAUUCUCACGGAAAUUUGUGUACGUCUUUCACAACUCCCCACUGAAUUCUAUGAUGGAAAUUUUUUGGAAAAAGUAGGUAAUAAAAUUGGAAGGCUACUUAAAGUUGAUGCUUGUACAUCCACAGCUCUCCGAGGAUGCUAUGCAAGGCUUUAUGUGGAGUUACCACUGAACAAAGCGGUUAAAUCUAAUGUGUGGAUAGGAUCCCAUAAACAACAAGUAUUAUACGAGUGUGACAAACUCCUAUGCUUGAAUUGUGGACACCUAGGUCAUUCCACAGGCCAAUGCAAUAUGAUCAAACAACAAUCUACAAACUCAGCAACAAAAGAAAAAGAAGAGAAGGAACAGGAUCGUAACAUGCUAAAACAAACGCACAAGAUCAACGAGGAAUAG